GAAAGGAGGGCGUCUAAAAGACGGGCAGAAUUUUGCUUUUCAGACCCUCGAAGCGUGCAGUGCAUCAUUAUUAUUUUUUAUGAUUUGUUGGGCUCUGAAUCUAUUAUACUGCCUUGGCCAGAAUCUGCAGCGAGGAGCUUCAGGUGCCCUACAAAUCUACGGGUAUGUAAUAGAAACCCUAGGUUCAUUUUUUAAAAUUUUGGCUUUGCUGGGUCCUUGCUCUUCUUAGUUCCAAGAUACAAUGCAAGGGUUUCUAGGGAUGGUUGAUCAGGGUGGUUGCAAAAUCUUCUGGUUUUUGGUCUAGGGCUUGUCUUGUUGCGCGGAGUUGGGUUAAUCAGCAAGGCUGGGAAAUUUUUUUUUUUAUGUUUGUUUUUAGGCUUUGGCUUUUUUAUUCUUUUUGGGUUUUUUUGUCCUUUAUUUUGACCUAUUGAGUGUCGAGGCUCAAGUCUCAGGUGCAAGGCCUUCUUUGCUAGCCGCCCAAGCUCGAAACUGGGGGAUCUAAUCGCUAAGUGUAGUCAUAGGAGUGCUGCCAAGGGUAAGAGCUCAAUAGUCUGCAGGAAAAGUGGGUUUGCUUUACUGGGCGUUGCGUUUAAAGUUUAGAGGGCCAAUAAUGAAUGUGAUUGGGAAGACUGGAGCUUGGAGAAGGAGAGAAGUCUGUAGUGCUUUGCUUCUGUGUUGUCUGGGUUGGGUCAUUUUUGGGACAGUGCGGUCGUUGUCUGGGGAUGGCGAGGCACUGAUUGAGUUCAAGAAGUCUGUCACAGGGGACCCAUUUGGGGUUUUCUCGAAUUGGAAUGAGAAUGAUGAGAAUCCUUGCUCGUGGAAUGGGGUGAGUUGUGAUUCUAUUUCUGGACGUGUUGUCGGUCUUAGUAUCAGGGGACAGUCUGGCUGUGCAUCAGUGGGGUUUGGGAAGGGUAACGGUUCUGUGUUUGCACCCUGUUUGCUGUUUCGUGCAAUGGCGACAUCUGCAGCUGAUCUGUCACAAGGUUGUUAUGUUCGGGAGUUUGUUCCAGAAUCAUAUUCUGUGGGAAAUUUUUCAUUGAGUAAUGGCGUUUGCCUCCAGAAUGGUACCGCGGUGGUCAAUUCUUUGGAUGGAUACAGUGGUCAGGAUCGCAUUGCCUGCAAGCUUACUGGUAUUCUCUCACAUUUCAUUGGGAACCUUACAGAAUUGAGGGUUUUGUCUUUGCCUUACAAUGCCUUUUCUGGAGAUAUUCCUAGAGAGAUUGGGAAAUUGAUUUUUUUAGAAAUACUUGACCUUCAAGGGAACAACUUCACUGGCCCACUGUCACCAGAGUUGGGAAAAUUGAGAUUCCUACGUGUUCUGAAUCUUGGUUACAAUAUGCUUGUUCACAGCGUGCCAGACGAACUUUUUGCAUGUCGCAAACUAGAAACUCUUGAUUUGACUGGCAAUUCAUUAAAUGGUUCUGCCCCUAAAUUUCUUGGAAGCUUGCCUAAGCUUAAAGUGCUUUCAUUGUCUUUCAAUCAAUUCUCUGGGCCAAUUCCAACAGAGCUAGCAGACAGCUGUAUGUCCCUGGAGUACCUCCAUCUUUCGGGAAAUUUGUUGACAGAUGAGAUACCUGCACAAUUGGGGAAUUGCAGUCAGUUGAGGUCUCUGUUAUUGUUCUCAAACUUUCUAGAGGGAAGCAUCCCGGCAGAUAUUGGUAGGCUUCCUAUGCUACAAAUUUUGGAUGUUUCAAGAAACAGCUUCAGUGGAAUGAUUCCAGAGGCGCUAGCCAAUUGUCAGCAGCUAUCUGUGCUUAUACUUUCAAAUGUGCUAAACUAUGCCCUGAGGAACUACACUGAUGUGGACCCAUCAAGUGAAUUUUCUAAUAGUGAUAAAGAUGAGUAUAAUUACUUUCAAGGGGAACUUCCAGCCAGCAUUUUCAGGCUUCCACAGCUUCAGAUUCUAUGGGCUCCAAGAACAACAUUAAAUGGUCCCUUGCCUGAAAAUUGGGGUGAAUGUAGCAACUUGCAAAUCCUCAAUUUAGGUCAAAACUUCCUCACAGGUAAGGUUCCUGCAGGUUUGGGGCAAUGCAAGAAAUUACUUUUCCUUGAUUUGAGCUCUAGUCGUCUUACAGGUGAGAUUCCCCCAGAACUUCCUGUUUCCUGCAUGAGUUAUUUCAAUGUCAGUGGAAACAAGUUAACAGGGGUUUUACCAACUUUCCUGAACAAGGAUUGUCCUAAACAGUCUCUAUUCCCAAUCAAACAAUACCAAGAAGUGCUAUCAAAUGUUUCACAGGCUCAAUUGGAUCCUCUAUCUGUGUAUUCAGCUCUUUUUCAUUGUGGUGCAUGUGCCAGCAGCUCCCUUCCUUAUCUCAUAUCUGAAGGCUUCCCAGUGUUCCAUGAUUUCAGUACGAACAAUUUAACAGGCACCAUUCCUCUCCCUCUGAUGGGUGACCAACUGCUGGAAGAACAGCCCUCUUAUGGGCUUCUUUUGAACAACAACCAGUUUGCAGGGAACAUUUCCAAAUCAUUUUUUUCUUCAUGCUCAAGGUUAACUGCCUUCGCACUGAAUAUCAGUGUUAACCAAAUUUCUGGUGAAAUUUCUCCACAGUUGUUUUUAGAUUGCAAAUCUUUAAAACAAUUAGAGGCAUCAGUCAAUAAGAUUACUGGACCAAUACCACCAACGCUUGGGAACUUGGUGUCUUUGAGAUAUCUUGACUUGAACAAGAAUGUUUUGCAGGGAAGCAUGCCCAGUCAGUUUGGACAGUUGAAGGAUUUGCAAUAUCUUCGGCUGGCAGAUAACAAUCUCACGGGAGCAAUCCCCAGAGAGAUAGGUAAAAUAUCUUCGAUAAUUGUGAUAGAACUUUCAUCAAAUUCUUUAAGAGGAGAAAUUCCAGCGGAUUUAACAAAGUUGAAACAGUUAAGGAGCCUUCUUCUUGACAGGAAUAAUCUUUCGGGGCGGGUUCCUGAUGGUUUUGCAGACCUAACAGCUUUAACUGUAUUCAAUGUGUCAUUCAACAAAUUAUCUGGCCCAUUACCACAGAUUGGGAACAAAGUGAGUUGUGAUAGCUUUGCAGGAAACCAUUUUGUACCACCAUGUCGCACCUCGUCAUCACAGCAGCGUGAUUCAUCUAGUAUACCUCUUACAUAUGCAGCACCUCCAUCAGGAAACCCAGGACACAAUCAUGACCAGUUCAAUUCUAUUGAGAUUGCAGCCAUCACUUCAGGUUCUGUUAUAGUUUUUGUACUUCUAGUUCUUGUUAUUCUGUUCCAGUAUACAAGGUGGCGGAUACCUCGUACCCCUGGUUAUCGAUCUGGCAGAAAGGAGGUUAUCACAUUCGCAAAUAUUGGUGUUCAACUAACCUAUGAAAGUGUAGUUAGAGCUACAGGAAAUUUUAAUGCAGCAAACUUUAUUGGCAAUGGUGGUUUUGGGGCAACAUAUAAGGCGGAGCUUGUUCAAGGAUUGUUAGUGGCAGUUAAAAGGCUUUCCAUAGGCCGUUUCCAAGGCACACAGCAGUUUGAUGCAGAGAUUAGAACUCUUGGACGAGUGCGCCAUCCAAACCUUGUUACAUUAAUAGGCUACCAUGCCAGUGAGUCAGAAAUGUUUCUUGUGUAUAAUUAUUUGCCUGGAGGUAACUUAGAAAAAUUUCUUAAUGAGAGAUCUAAAAGAAGGGCAGAUUGGUCUAUGCUUCACAAAAUUGCUUUGGACAUUGCUAAGGCUCUUACUUAUCUACAUGAUGAAUGUGUGCCACGUGUGUUGCAUCGGGAUAUCAAACCCAGCAAUAUUCUUCUUGACAAUAAUUUUACUGCUUAUCUUUCUGACUUUGGUCUUGCGAGGCUUCUAGGGACCUCAGAAACUCAUGCAACAACUGAUGUAGCAGGCACAUUUGGGUAUGUUGCUCCAGAAUAUGCGAUGACUUGUCGUGUCUCAGAUAAAGCUGAUGUGUAUAGCUAUGGGGUUGUGCUUCUGGAGUUGCUUUCUGAUAAGAAAGCUCUCGAUCCAUCAUUUUCUAGCUAUGGUAAUGGAUUCAAUAUUGUUGCUUGGGCAUGUAUGCUGCUUCGACAAGGACAAGCCAAAGAGCUUUUUACUGCAGGUUUAUGGGAUGGAGCACCUCACGAUGAUUUAGUAGAUACACUGCAUCUUGCUGUAAUGUGUACCGUGGAUUCACUUUCAGUUAGGCCUACAAUGAAGCAAGUUUUGCAGCGAUUGAAACAAUCACAACCGCCUCCUGUUUGCUAACAAAGCAAUACAUUUUGUAAUUGUAGAGUCAAGGUUACCAUUCCAACACCAAGUUCAUUUGAAAUUAUAAAUUUUCUCAGAUCAGUUUCUGAGUUGUAUUUCUUAGGGAAUGGACAGAAAGUCCUUGUACAAAUAUUAAAACCCUCAUUUUCCAUCAUUUGCAUUGCAGUAUUUUUUCCACAUUAACUGAUCUUUGAUUCUGAAUUGAGUCUGCUGAAGAAUGUGGAGGAAUUUUCUCUUCUAUUCUGUCAGAAUGCAUCGGAAGGUUUUUGUUGACAAAUUACAUGUUCUCUGAACAAAUAAAAAUGCCUCGUCCUUGUAGAGGCAAAGUUUUGGAUUA